AUGGUUGCACUAGUGGAUGACGAUCCUGAGAUCGGUUCUCUCAACGCUCACUUGCCUGGUGAGCCAGCUCAGGCCAUAGUGGUGACUCCAGGGCAAGAGAAUAUAGAUGUGAAGAACAACAUACUAGCCAUUAUGCCUCACUACUAUGGAAGGAAAAUCGAGAGCCCAUAUGACUUCCUAUAUGAUUUCUGCAAAAUCUGUGGAAUUCAGAAACGUCCAAAUGGAUCAAAUGAGGACGACUACAGACUCAGGGUCAUCCCUUUCACGUUAAAAGGAGAAGCAGAUACUUGGUUUAUGAGGUUGCUUCCAAAUUCCAUCAGGACGUGGGCUGAUUUCAGAUCCCAGUUUUUGGAUUACUUUUUUCCUUCCACGAGGACCAAUGCUCUGAAGAAGAAGAUACAAGGAGCUCAUCAGGAUUGCGAUGAAACUCUGAAUCAGUACUGGAGUAGGUUUAAGGGGACGUUGGAUGCUUACCCAAACAACCACAUGGUGGAGGCAAAAAUCUUUAAUAACUUUUAUGAAGGAAUGACACCCGAGAGCAAGGAUCUGAUGAAUUCCUUGAGUGGUGGUGAUUUCUCAAAGUUGAAGGUGAGUGAAGCGAAAAGGGUGCUUGAUAGGCUGGUUAACGCCAAGAAGGCUUAUGACUCGCCCAGGGCCCUAAUAGUGAGACGAGUAGCAACAAAUACAACUGUAGGAAUGACUGAAGACAUGAUGGAUGUUCGAAUGGAUAGGUUGGAGAAGGCGAUACUGACUGCCAUGGAGAAAAACAACCCAUCUGCUCAUGCGGAGAAAGUGAAGACUGUAUCGAGUCAGGAGAAGGUGUAUUCGAGUUAUAGACCUCCAAGGGAACAAGAUUUUCAAGCACAUGUGAAUGCGGUUGGGAAUUGGAAUCAGAACAGUAACUGGAAUCCUUGGAAAAUUAAGGAUGCUCCAUGGAGGGAUCACCCCAAUUUCAGGUGGUCGGAUCCGAACACAGCCCAAAAACCACCAUCGGCGAUCACCUACCAACAACCACCAGCGGUGAGUUAUCAGCAACCACCAGCCAUCAAUUAUCCACAACAGUCAGAAGGGCAGCCCCAGUGGCAAAACUGUAACCAUGAUGGACAGAACAACUGGAAUAAAAACAGGGGACAAGGGAACCAACCUAAUUAG